CGCAUCGAACGAGUCCAGCGCCAGUGAUCUACACUUCUAAUUCCAUAAGAGCUCGGUUUCAGGACACUCGACGAGUCAUGGAGUUCAAUGGAAGGGCCCGUGGUGAGGACGAGGUGGAGCUGAGGAAAGGAUCUUGGACCGUGGAAGAAGACCUUCUGCUGGUGAACUAUGUCGCGGAGCACGGCGAGGGCCGAUGGGAUUCACUAGCUCGAGAAGCAGGUCUCAAAAGGACAGGAAAGAGCUGCCGGCUCCGAUGGCUCAACUACCUCCGCCCCGAUCUCCGCCGUGGGAACAUAACCCCGGAGGAGCAACUUCUCAUCCUCGAGCUUCACUCUCGUUGGGGAAACCGGUGGUCGAAGAUAGCGCAGCACAUGCCGGGGAGGACCGACAACGAGAUCAAGAACUACUGGAGGACCAGAGUGCAGAAGCACGCGAAGCAGCUCCGGUGCGAUGUCGACAGCAAGCGGUUCAAGGACGUGGUGAGGCACCUAUGGAUGCCUCGACUGCUCGAGAGGAUUCGUGCGGCUUCCGGCAGCUCCGCGGUCUCCACGCAUCAGAGCGUAAACGAUCCAUCGACUUGCAAACGACCCGAGGAGGGAGACGUCGAGCUCGGUGAGGCGAAGAGCGCCAGCCCGGAGAGCUCGAACAUAGUCAGGUCGUCCUCGGAGGCCUCCGAGGUGCAGGUUUCAACAGCUUCAGUGUCCGACCGCUUCACCAACUGUGACGACGCAUGGUUUCAGGAAACGACAGGCUUCGGCGCUUACUGGCCGGAGACUCUACCGAGUCCCGGAGCUUGCGAUAGCUGGGGUUGGUCAAUGGAUUUGGAUCAGAGCGGGUGGGAGGAGAACUUGUGGAGCAUGGAGGACACAUGGUUACAGCAGCAGAUCUAAUUGCAGAGAGAGGACAUCACAGAGGCAAUUGUAAAGGGAAAAGACAGCAUGGAUUUGGGAAACCAGAGAAUGUGUCGGGAAUUUUUCUGUCUUCCCAUCAUUUUCUCCACUCAUUAUAAUUCUUACUACGUGAUUAAGGAACUAUAAAUUCACGUCUGCUUGUAUCGAAUAAAUUGUUUCUGAGGUGUAGAGAAAAAAGCUUUGAUCUCUGUGACUAGAAUUCAGGUUACUGCGCUCAUCAUGUUGUCUAUGAAUCCAAGCAAGCAUUAAUGAGACAAA